AUGGAUUCAAGCGAGCCCACCGACACCGGAUUUGUCGAUCAGCUUGGGCAACAGCAGGAAUUCAACCCGGCCUCCUCCGAAGAAGCCAGCAUCAGCCUCAGCGAUGAGUUUCAGCAACUCCUUAAUGGCCCGGUCUCGGCCUUGCCGCUCUUCCCCGAUCCUUUUGGCUGGGACUACUCCAAUGCGGACAUCCUGUCUCAGCUCUCCGCCGAGGACCAGGUCAUGCUGGACGGCAACUUCGGUAUCGAAUUCAUGACCGAAGACUUCUCUUGGACUACUCAGAGCCAUUUCAUCACGUGGGAAGUUGUGUCGCAGCAGGCUGAGGUUCAGCCGGGUGCCAACACACCCUGGCCUAGCGCGCCCUCUGGAGCGCACCAAUCGGAUCCCCACUACGCCCAACAAGAUAUCCUUGAGAUGCCACUGAUAGGGGAUAUGCCGUUCUACGGCUUGAAUGUGGAAAUUUCAGCGAAUCAGCCCGUCGAAGAAGACAAAGGAGCCGCAUACAUCCCAGCCAGCGCCGGGUAA